GCGCAGCCUCAAUUCCCUUUGGGCCUGGCACAUCUCAUCUCUCUCUCUCUCCCCUUCUUCUCCACCACCGGCCGCCGCCACGGCCAGGCCGGCGUGGUAGUGCGCCUCCGCCACCCAUCCAUCCACGAGCACACCCACCUCCAACACCACAUCACCCAUCUCCAUCCACCAGCGCCGCAUCACCACCUCGCGCCAUCAUCCACCAUCACCAGCGCCACCAUCACCACUCGCGCGUCCCAUCAGACACGAGGGCGCGGGCGUCUGAACCUCCCCAUGAGUCCUUCUUCUUCCCACGUCCUGCUGCUGCUCUUCUUGCACCCGAGUUGCUGCUCCUUUCUCUCUUCCUUUGCUGCUGCUCAACCCUUCUCUGUUGCUGCCCUCGCUUUGCUUCUUCCCUUACCUUGUUGCUGCUCUGAACUUCUCCUUUCUCUACUGCUGAAGCUUACUGCUGCUGCUCGUCUCCAACUGAACCUGCUGUCUCUCUCUCUCUCUGAAAUUCCUAUAAACUUAAGAAGUGUACUGUUCAGAAUUGUGUAAUGUUCAGAUUUUAUAAAUGCUUGCAAUCUGUGAAUGAUUCAGUUUCAUGCUUAUAAAUAUUGUAUCACCUAUUGUGCGUUCUCACUAGUUGAAGUGUUCUUGUUGUGUAUUUGUAGUCUGUCGGUUACCAUACUGUUAUAUGUUUGAUGGUUAUAUGUGUUCAUGUCUUGUUGAUUCCCUUUCGUCAUUGAUGUUUGUCUGUGUUAGUGUUUUAAUUCCUCAAGCCUAAUAAAAAUACCAAAAAGAUAGUAUAAUCUGAAUGUACCUUUGCUUGAUUUCUUUUUCCUUGUCGACGGUUUUCCGGAACUGUCUUAGAUAGUUUAUGUUAUUAGUUUCUUGCAAUCCUCUCUUAAAAUUGUGUUACCUAGAUUUAGCUGAGCAUCGUCGCCGUCGCCUAGUCCCUGUGGAGAACACGACACUCACGAUUUAGGCGAAAUAUCCCACCGCACCUACAAUUGAUCAUUUUGGCGCCGUUGCCGGGGACUAGCGUCGUGCGACCGUGUUAGGCUAUAGACUAGGUUUUGCUUCUGUUUCUAUUUAGUGCCAUAUAUUUGUGAUAUAUCUCUUACCCCUAACCAUUGUUCUAGUUAUAUUCUCUUUCUUUUCUUGUUCAUUUUGUAGGUUGAAUUGUCUUCUUGGAAAUGGCAUUCUACUCAGAUCAUCAUGCUUAUGCGAGCAACACUACAAACAACACAGAAAGUAUUCAAGAACUGAUAAGGCCAUUCGCCCGCUGAAUGUCAGCGUGGUUACUCUUACCCUACAGAUUGAUUUGGCAUGAGCUUCGCUCAAGAGCAUAGCUCAUACCAAAACAAUUACUCACAUGGGUGGCCCGAAAACCCGAAUAUGUCAUAUAGGAGCAACAACCCUGAGAUCUCAUCAUUUGCCUCUAGUUAUCCAAUGCAAGGAUUUAGGAAUGAAGAGGAGAGCAACAACUAUGCACCACAACAAUGCUAUUCACCUCCUACUCAUAUACCUCAACACAAGGAGAUGUUGCGGAUGGAGUUAAAUGGUCCUCCAUUUGGUCAACCAACAACUCCAGCACCUGUUGUGCAAUCUCAUGUGCAAGUGCCCACACAAGAUGAGUUCGAUGACAUAGACAAGCUCACACUUUUAAGUCUCGAGUUCACUUGGAGUGCCGAGGAUGAUCCUAUUAGGAAGGUUAUACUAGAGGAAAUGAAGAAGAUCAAGACUGGAAAAGAGCUUGUGGAAGAAGUAAGGAAUAUUGAGAAGAACAUCAAUGCUGGUAGCACUAUUUCUUCACAGCUAGAGCUGAGUAUUUCUGGGAUACCCCUUGAUACAUGUGAGGUCCCAACACCUUCACAUUCAGUUGAGCAAGAUAGCGAGAGUCUAGAGGAAGAGAUACUUCAGAUCCAAGAAGAAAUUCUCGAAGCCAAGGCACAAGAUGAUCCAGAGCUCGAAUACCCAAAUGAACAAGUUGAAGAUUCAAUGUCUACCACUCCCGAAGAAGUAGAAGAAGCUGUUGUAGUUGAAGAUGAAGAACCAGAAAUUCAAUUUCCUAUCAUCAUACAAGAGUGUGACAUUGCAGGUUUAUCUAAUCCUCUCAAUGGCAUGUCCCCAUAUGAAUUGUUUGCUACUACCUUGCAUUGCAUGAUGCCAUCUGUUAAAGUAGAUUUGAAAAAGUAUUUGCUUGGAUAUGACCAUAUAUACCCUGUUAGUGGCAUUACUCACAUUAGUGAUGAUCACAAUUACUUUCCUCGUGCUAGACCUAUGCUUUAUGAAACAUAUCAUUCCCAUGCUAGUCUUGAGCUUAAUGAUAAAUAUCAUCCUCAUGUUAGUGUUGACCUUGCUGAUUUCUACCAUCCUAAACAUGUGCUUUAUAGCUAUGCUUAUGUAAUUGGUUACUCGAUUGAUGACUUGGAGGGUAUUAUCCCUACCGCUUGCAUUGUCUCUUUUGUGGAGUGUUUUUUCAGGUUGUUGCUUCUGCACCAUUCACUUCAUGCUGACCAGGUUCGAGGCGACAUUCCUUGGGACCCAGGUGGAUCCUGAGCACGGAGAUGAGCAGAAGCAAGGGUGCAAACACAAAGAAGAGUGAAGCUGGAGCAUCCAUGAGGAAGCAAAGGAGAAGAGCUGCAGUUGGUGAGGUGAUCGAGCGAGUGCUACAUCAUCAAAGCCCGGUGAGAUGUUUCAUGCCCCAUUUUGAAAUCAUCAUCCAUUGAUGCUUGCUGGAUUAAAUUGCUAUUUGGGUUGCUUGUGCCAUUUCUUAAAUGUUGUCCCACUGAAUUUCACCUUUGACAUAUGGUGCUUGAUGAGAAUAUGCGAACUGAUUGUUGAAUGCCUUGUAAACUAGUGAUCUACACCCUGUUUGCUUUGCUGAAAAUAGUGAAAGCUAUUAGUUUUGAGUGCUCAAAUCCCUAGUGCACUAGUAAACUUAAUCAUUUUCUGCUUUUACCAUGAUACACUCAGAUCAUUAAGUGUUAAAUGCUGAGUUUGUGCCUAUUGUGUUCCCAUUGAGAGCAAUCACUUUACCACUAUGUACUUGUAUGCUAUGUUCCCUGGAUCGGUAGCAUGUGAACCAGACAUGGAGAAGUGAUGAUUCCUGUUUUUGUGCUUAUGCGUUGUUCAUUUAAGAUAAGUAAUAAUGAAUAAAUAAGUCUGACUACCUACAGUAGCAUGUCAUGUUCCCUGGAUCGGUGGCAUGUGAAAUCGGGUUAGCUUGGGCAGUAAUUAAUAAUAAAAAUUGUAAUUGUCAAACCAGGUGUAUACCAUGUUCUCUGGAUCGGUGGUAUGUUCCUUUGGGGAGACAAACAAAAAAAGCUAAUAAUUGGUUGAUCCAGGUGUAUACCAUGUUCUCGGGAUCGGUGGUAUGUUCCUUUGGUGAGACCGAUAAAAUAUUAUCAUUACUUCCUUCAAAUUCAAUAAGUGCUUCAACCAUAAUGUUAUGUUCCGGGUAAUGAGUUUUUUUGGGAUCAUGCUCUCUUUUGGAACCCUUUGGCACAAUCAGCAUUUGAACUUGUUGAUCCAAUUUUAUCAUUGUAAAAGCUUAAAAUAAUUGAGUCUACUAGUAUCCUAUUGCCUUGUAGCACUCUUAACCAUUGAUUUUCACUAGCAAAGUUCAAAGCAUGCAUUGUUUGGAGAUCUACUUCACUGGGACAUUCUCUAGUCAGUUCGCUGUUCACUACCUUGCUCUUGUCAAAUGCCUUUACUUGAGGACAAGCAAAGAUUUAAGUGUGGGGGAACUUGAUAAGUGCAUUUCCUAUUCAUAUUUUGGCACACAAACACACCAUUUAUUGUGAUCCAACGAUCCAUUCUUGUUAUGAACUAUGAUAUAUUUGAAUGAAAAUCAUAUAAAAGAUCAUUUACUCGUCAUUUGAUUAUUUUGCAGAAAAGUGCGCAAAGGCACUAUAAACUUUAAGAUUCGGACAAAUUGGCUGUUAAAAAGAGAGAAGGGCAGGAAAGAAGUGAAGAAAGGGACUUGAGCGAGAAGAAUUGAAGUAAUCAAGGGGCCAAGCUAUAGAUGGCAGGACCAACUUGGGAAGAAAGAAGAGAAAUAGCAGGGCCAAAUUGUAAAGUGGAAGAACAGAGGAGGGGAUCAAAAUCCCUAGCGCAGCCUCAAUUCCCUUCGGGCCUGGCACAUCUCAUCUCUCUCCCUCUCCCCUUCUUCUCCACCACCGGCCGCCGCCACGGCCAGGCCGGCGUGGUGGUGCGCCUCCGCCACCCAUCCAUCCACGAGCACACCCACCUCCAACACCACAUCACCCAUCUCCAUCCACCAGCGCCGCAUCACCACCUCGCGCCAUCAUCCACCAUCACCAGCGCCACCAUCACCACUCGCGCGUCCCAUCAGGCACGAGGACGCGGGCGUCUGAACCUCCACGCGAGUCCUUAUUCCCACGUCCUGCUGCUGCUCUUCUUGCGCCCGAGCUGCUGCUCCUUUCUCUCUUCCUUUGCUGCUGCUCAACCCUUCUCUGUUGCUGCCCUCGCUUUGCUUCUUCCCUUACCUUUGCUGCUCUGAACUUCUCCUUUCUCUACUGCUGAAGCUUACUGCUGCUGCUCGUCUCCAACUGAACCUGCUGUCUCUCUCUCUCUCUCUCUGAAAUUCCUAUAAACUUAAGAAGUGUACUGUUCAGAAUUGUGUAAUGUUCAGAUUUUAUAAAUGCUUGCAGUCUGUGAAUGAUUCAGUUUCAUGCUUAUAAAUAUUGUAUCACCUAUUGUGCGUUCUCACUAGUUGAAGUGUUCUUGUUGUGUAUUUGUAGUCUGUCGGUUACCAUACAGUUAUAUGUUUGAUGGUUACAUGUGUUCAUGUCUUGUUGAU